AUGACCCGCCACAGUUGUGGAAGCUCACCGGCGGCACCUGCUUCCCUGCCAGAUGACGGCGAUCUACUUUGGGAGGUCCUCCUCCGCCUCCCACCAAAGCCAUCCUCCCUCCCGCGCGCCUCUGCUGUAUGCAAGCGAUGGCGGUGCAUCGCCACUGACACAAAGUUCCUCCGCUGCUUCUACGCGCACCACCGGAAGCCACCCCUGCUGGGCUUCUUCCAUCGCCGCAACCAGGAGGGGAUCGUGUUCACCCCCAUCCUGGACGCUCCUGACCACGUACCCCCUCAGCGCUUCAACUUUGGAUUCCACGGGCGAGUUGGCGACAACCACCACCGUUCGAGGGGUGAGCUGCUCGAGUGCCGCCAUGGCCGUGUCCUCGUCAUAGACCUGGUGCGAACCGAGGUAUUAGUGUGCGACCCCAUCACCAGAGAGCAGCACCACAUGUCUGUUCCGCCCGAGUUCAGAGGAUACUACCUCAACGGGGCGGUGCUUUGUGCAGCCGCCGAGCAAGGCCACGUGCACGGAGGCUGCUACUCGAGCCCCUUCAAUGUAGUCUUGGCGUCUAUAUGCAGGAAGAGCAAUCUACCCUUCGUGUGCGUUUACUCCUCCGAGAGUGGCAUAUGGGGAAAUAUUAUCUCAGCGGAGGCUCCAUAUGCUAUUAACUGUGAUGGUUGUCCUAGCACCCUUGUUGGUAAUUCCCUUUACUGGUUGCUUUCCAGUAUUGGCAAUGGCAUACUCAAGUUUGAUUUGGAUAGACAGAGCCUAGCCGUGAUCAAGGGACCUCCCGGCACGAGUGACCGCGGCAUACACCAGAUCAUCCGUGCAGAGGAUGGCUCUGUUGGUAUGGCCACUUUUAAUCACCCUUGGUUAAAGAUCUGGCAUAUGAAGGUCAAUAAUUGUCAGGGCGUUAGCACAUGGUUGUUGUGGAAGAUCAUUGAAAUACGCAGUGUUCUUGGGAUCCCUUCUCAUAUUCAGAGGAUAGCAGUAACACGAGAGGAUAAAUUUCUGGGGUAUGACGAGGGUACCGAUGUGGUGUUUUUACUUGUGGACGGCGGUGUCUACAUGCUUCGACUUAGGUCAAUGCAAUCCAAAAAACUUUACGAAGCCAACUAUAACAAUACAACAAAACAUCAUCCUUUCGCGAGUUUCUACACCCUAGAGACUAGCCCACGACCUUCCUUGGUAGCUAUUUGCGAGAUCCGGGCUCGAGUGGAUGAAUCAACGAGAAAGCGGGAGGAGGUGGAGAUCAAUAAUCGGCGAAUGGAGGAGAUGUUCGCUCAGCAGCGGGAGAUGAGGGCUCGACAACAGGAGAGGAUGGCUCGGCAGCAGGCAGCCUGCGAGGUGAGGUUCACAGUCUUUGAUUCCUACUUCGAGCGCGCCUCCGCAAGUUCCUCUUCCUACUCUUAG